AUGGUUUGGAAACCGGGACUGACGCUGCAACUUAUAGGUGAUGGGCGUAUAGACAUUCAUAUUCACGAGCACAAACCCGAGACUACCGAAUUGUUAAGCCAGCUCCAAAGCUCUCUACCUUCGCGGGAAACCAAAAGCAGGGAGUCAAUCUGGAAAGACAAUGGAGAGUUUCCAUUGCGUUUGAAUAUCGUGAUCCAAGUCAUUGGAUCUCGCGGUGAUAUUCAGCCAUUUAUCGCUCUGGGCAAGGAGCUGAAAGCUUUCGGACACCGUGUUAGAUUUGCUACGCACUCUAAUUUUCGGCACUCCGUUCUCUCCAACGGCCUGGAAUUCUUCAGCAUAGGAGGAGAUCCGGCUGAGCUCAUGUCUUUCAUGGUGAAUAAUUCUGGUCUAUUGCCGAAUCUUAAAACCAUCCGAAGUGGAACUAUUCAGAAGCGUCGUCGUGAUAUGAGGCAAAUCAUUGACGGGUGCUGGCACUCAUGCUUUGAGACAGGUGAUGGUACUCAUCUUCACAAGAAUAACGAUGAUCUGUGGAAUGGCACCGUGGAUUAUCGACGACAGCCAUUUGUGGCGGAUGCGAUAAUAGCAAACCCUCCCAGUCUAGCCCAUAUUCAUUGCGCCCAAAGACUAGGGAUUCCUCUCCAUAUCAUGUUCACAAUGCCUUGGUCACCCACUCAGUCUUUCCCACAUCCAUUGGCUGUAACUCACUCACAAGACUGCAGGCCAUCUGUUGCAAACUUUCUAUCAUAUGUUGUAGUAGAAAUGAUGAUAUGGGAAGGACUUGGUGAUCUUGUCAACAAAUUUCGCAAAAUCUGUCUAUCACUCGAUCCUCUAGAUACAGUAAGCGCGUCGAUCCUAUUGCAUCGAUUGCAAAUUCCGUGCACAUAUUUUUGGUAUGAUACAAGCCCACUGUGCUUUACACAUGGACCGCAUCUGACUUCAGUCAAUCGGGCUAGGUCGCCCACACUACUACCAAAACCACCAGACUGGUUUGGUAACAUCGACGUCUGUGGAUUCAACUUUCUUCCACUACACGCCCCGCCAGCAAUUACCACUUUCCUCAAGGCUGGACCGCCACCUAUUUAUGUAGGAUUCGGCUCGAUUGUGGUUGAUAAUCAAAGUGAAUUAAAAAGAAUCGUUCUUAGGGCUAUUAGCGACACUGGACAGCGAGCUAUGAUAUCAAAAGGAUGGGCGAAUUUUACAAUUGAGAGCACUGAGUGUCCUGAAAAUGUCCUUAUUAUUGGAAAUGUGCCUCAUGAUUGGCUUUUCCAGCAUGUUUCAUGUGUAAUACAUCAUGGAGGCGCUGGAACAACUGCUGCUGGACUUGCUCUUGGCCGCCCAACAGUGAUAAUUCCCUUUUUCGGUGACCAGCACUUCUGGGGAAAAGUUGUUGCUAAGGCAGGUGCUGGGCCAGCCCCGAUCCCUUAUACGCAGUUGACUGCUGAGAAAUUAACAGACGCUAUUGAGAUGGCCUUGAAACCUCAUAUCCAAGAAUCGUGUCAGCAGAUUCGAGACAAGAUGCAACACGAAUCCGGCGUUCGUGACGGCUUACGAAGCUUUCACAGACACCUUGAUCUGCGGAUAAUGCGAUGUGCAAUAUGUCCUACUCGGCCAGCAGUUUGGCGUCUCAGGCAUACGAACAUCAAACUGAGUGCUUUCGCGGCUGCAGUACUGGUUGAAAACAAGAAAAUCAAUUCACAGGAUAUCUUACUACAUCGUUCCGUGGAAUAUGAUACUUAUCGUGAUCCUGCUGGACCUCUGGGGGCUACAGCCCAGGUGCUUUUCGGUGCGGUUCUCGACUUUGUAACUGGUCUGGCUGAUCUUCCAGCCGAGAUCGUGAGUAAUUUUCUUUCCGCGGGCAGUACAUUGCGCCAUCCUCGUGAACAAUUUGACCCUUACGUCCAAUGCCAACGGCAUAGACAUUCCCAGUAUGAGGGUACCCGAAAAGGAGAAGAGAGUGCCGGCCAGAAUUGCGAGCAUGAGAGCGGAACUGAAGACCGGAGAAAGGGUCAAGAAGGUCGGAAUCCACAAGACACCUUUAUUAUCCCUUCAGAAACGACUUCGAGCCUUAAAGAAAAACUCUGGCUCCACAAUCAGCAGAUGAUGCGCGAUAAGACGAUAAGAUCGAAAUGGACUGAAAUUCGCUCUGAAUCGGCUUUCUAUAUCAGCACAAUAUUCAAGAAAUCUCUGAGGCUCAUUCUCUGGUUUCCAACCGACUUGUCACUUAGUGUUAGCAGAGGAUUUCACAAUGCGCCAAUGCUCUACCAUGAUCCUAUGGUCAGGCCCGUUCCAAAGGUGACUCACAUUAGCAGCGGCCUCAGGGCUGCUGGAAGGGAGCUCAAAAGCGGCUUUUAUGACGGCAUCACGGGAUUAGUCAGCCAACCGCUGUACGGUUUCAAGCACAAUAGUGCUAGAGGUAUGAUCAAUGGUCUCGGAAAGGGCAUUGGAGGUUUUUUUCUUAAACCAUUAGCAGGAAUUUCGGGACUUGCUGGUUACCCUUUGAGUGGGUUACGAGAGGAGCUCAACGAGUCUCUAGGUAAACCGAUGGGUUCGCAUCUUGAAUUGUCUCGAAUUAUACAAGGCCACGAAGAAAUGCGAUCAUCGACAAUGGAAGCGAAGUUGGAAGUGAUUAGAAACUGGAAUUCUUUGGAGGGGAUGCAGGUCCUAAAUCAACAAAAUGGGAGCCAAGGACAACCUUAG